CUCAGUGUUGUUGCAUUGAUUUGAGAUGACAAUUGAACUAAAAUAAUUUCUGGGCUUAAUUAAGUUAGCUCAGCCUUUUAUGCUCUUUUUGACUUCCUAAGAACAUUUCUGUUUCUGGGUUUCUUAUUCUAAUUUUGUUCUUAGCUUUUUGUGGUAUUUUUCAGAAACUGUUUACGCUUUUUAUUUAUUUGACUUGAGUAAUGUUGUUACUCAAAACCUAAGACAAAACCAAGUUAAUUUUUUUAGAAUGCGUAAGAUUAAAAUUUAAGAACAAACUAUUUAUUCACUUUUCUUUUUUUCUUGACUGUUGAUUUAGCAAUUGAUACCAAUCCCUCGGGGGAUAGGUAAUACUACUAAUUAACAGCAAAGAAGAGAUAGGAAAAAAGAUUCUUAAAUCAGACGAACUUUUUUACUUUCCCUAUUCUAAUCUAUUUAUUUUUCCUCUACAUUGAUUAGUUGUUAGUAAAUUUUAAAAGGGUCGUUAGGGUUUCAUUCUUUACUCUAUUCGUGGGGUGGAUUCUGGAGCUAAUGUACGGAGGUCCUCGAUAUUUUUCUAAUUUCUCUAUCUGGGUUUGCUAAAGGGUUUAGAUUGAGGGUACAAGAUUAUGGUGGAGUGGAUUUUGGCUGCUGUAGGAAGAUACUCUUUGAAGGUGUGAAUCUAUAGUUUUAGAAAAGGAGAGCCAGGUUAAAAGUGAUGUUUCAUAAUCAAGGAGCUUCUAGACAAAAUUGCAGUCUUCUUGCAGUAGUAUGUGGGAAAACUACUGAAUAUGAUCAGAAGCCAGAUGUAAAAGAUGGUAAGCCGAGAUAUUGCUUCCCGGAGAUUGUGUCAUCAGGGCGUUUGGAGGUGCAACUUUUGAAAAACCCCAGUACGGAUGAAUUUCGUAAAGUUUUAGAUUCGUGGCAGCCAAAUAUUGUGUAUUUGCAAGGAGAACGUCUUUCGAAUGAUGAAGUUGGUUCCCUUAUUUGGGGAGGUGUUGAUAUGUCUUCUGUGGAAGCCAUUUCUGGACUUUUUAGUGCCACGCUGCCAACCGCUGUCUACUUGGAGCUCCCAAAUGGAGAAAACUUGGCUGAAGCUUUUCAUGCUAAGGGUGUUCCGUAUGUGAUGUACUGGAAGAGCGCAUUUUCCUGCUAUGCAGCAUCCCAUUUUCGGCAGGCAUUCUUAUGUGUGGCACAGAGUUCAACUUGUCAUGUUUGGGAUGCUUUCCAACUUGCACAUGCAUCCUUCAGGCUUUACUGUGUCCGAAACAACCUCAUUGUCCCUGAGAUGAGCCAGAUGGCCAGUGGAAAGCUGGUUCCUCACCUGCUUGGUGAUCCUCCCAAAAUCAAUGUCCCUCCGCCUGAGGCAGGUCCUGAAGAUGAUGAAGAAAGCAACUCUGAUACUCUUCCUGCCAUAAAGAUCUAUGAUGAUGAUGUGAACAUGAGGUUUCUCAUCUGUGGAACGCCAUGCUCACUGGAUGAAUGCUUGUUGGGAUCUAUAGCAGAUGGUCUGAAUGCCCUCUUAAACAUUGAAAUGCGAGGGAGUAAGCUGCAUAACCGGGUCAGUGCCCUUCCACCACCUCUUCAGGCUGGUGCAUUUUCCCGUGGUGUCGUGACCAUGCGAUGUGAUCUGUCGACCAGUAGUUCGGCUCAUAUCUCACUUCUAGUUUCAGGCAGUGCUCAAACAUGUUUUGAUGAUCUGCUAUUAGAGAAUCACAUCAAAAGUGAAAUCAUUGAAAGCAGUGGACUGGUUCAUGCACUGCCAAGUGAUGAGGAAAAUAGACCACCUACAUCUGAGCCUCGGAGAUCAAUGUCAGUAGCUUGUGGGUCAGAAGUAUUUGAAGUUUGCAUGAAGGUUCCUACAUGGGCUUCACAGGUUUUGAGGCAAUUGGCUCCUGAUGUUUCAUAUCGUAGUUUAGUUGCACUUGGCAUUGCUAGCAUUCAGGGAUUAGCUGUAGCUUCAUUUGAGAAAGAUGAUGCUGAACGGCUUCUUUUCUUCUGCACAAAGCAAGGGCAGGAGGAUGGAUUUUCCUACGACUUUAAGAUUGGCAAUCCUCCAUCAUGGUUAAGACCGCCUGCUCCUAGCAGAAAAAGGCCUAAUUUAUAUCAAGAAACAAGUGCUAUUUGUCAAAAUGGUUUAGCAUCUGGAAAUCAUUUGGCUGUGAAAGAAGAGAAUGAAAGUCGAUUAGGGAAUGGUGUUGCAACUCCCCUGGUGACUGCUAGACAAAAACUCAAAGUUGCUGCUAUGAGGCCCAUUCCUCAUGUUCGUCAUCAAAAAAUGCUACCCUUUUCAGGGAUUUCAGCAGUGGAGAGCCUUGAUGGGAACCAGGUGAAAACUAAUCUGCCUAUCAUUCCUUCCUCAGCUAAGGGCAGCAGUGUUGGAGUAACUCCUGUUACCCAUCGGAAGUCAGCAUCAAGCUCACAUCAGGCUAAGCAAAUUAUAUCCUUGAAUCCUCUUCCAUUGAAGAAACAUGGUUGUGAGCGAAGUCCAAUACAUGUGUGUUCUGAGGAGGAAUUUCUGAAAGAUGUAAUGCAGUUUUUAAUUCUUCGUGGACACACUCGUCUCAUUCCUCAAGGUGGCCUUGCUGAGUUUCCAGACGCGAUUCUCAACGCCAAACGCCUUGACCUCUUUAACUUGUAUAGGGAGGUGGUUUCAAGGGGCGGCUUUCAUGUUGGCAAUGGCAUCAACUGGAAAGGACAAGUUUUCUCAAAGAUGCGAAAUCACACAGUAACCAAUAGGAUGACGGGUGUUGGGAAUACACUUAAAAGACAUUACGAGACUUAUCUUUUGGAGUACGAAUUGGCCCAUGAUGAUGUGGAUGGAGAGUGCUGCUUGUUAUGUCACAGUAGUGCUGCUGGAGAUUGGGUCAACUGUGGGAUUUGUGGUGAGUGGGCGCAUUUUGGCUGUGACAGAAGACCAGGUCUUGGUGCCUUCAAGGACUAUGCAAAGACAGAUGGACUGGAAUACAUAUGUCCACAAUGCAGCGUUACAAAUUUUAAGAAGAAAGUGCAGAGAACUACGAAUGGAUAUUCCUGAGCCUAAGCCUAAGCCUAAUGGCUUCAGUACCACAAUUAUUGGGUUCUGCUGAUCCUAAUUCAUUUUAUACAUCUUAGAACAUCAUCUGUUUUUUGCUGAGAAAUUAGUUGAGCUUGUAUUACAUAGGCAUUAGCUGUGUUCUGGACGGACAGAGCAAGACACAUAUACUGAAGAGAAGUGAAAAGGCCAAAAGAAAUUGGAAGGCGGAGACCGAGGAAGUGCUGUUGUUAUUAGGAAGAGCUCUGGAGCUCUAGAUAUAUAGGGAAAGAGAUGAAGUCUGGAGGGGUUGGCUGCAUCUCAUGGCAAGUCUUUGUAAUAUAUAAUCCUCAUGUGAGAGGAUAUGACAUGUUGUAGCUUUCUUGGUGGAAUUAAUUUUUCUAAAAUUCCACAAAUCUCUUCACUAUAUCUCUUUCCCAGCCUCAGUUUGCUUCUUUACUU